AAUAUCGCGGAUCGCUGUGAUGCCACCGUGCCUACUACUUCCAGUAAUACCAGCGGUUCAUUGCGCCCGGUUAGUCGUUCGGCGCAACCAAAAGUUCGUGGUGAACACGUGGUACAUCAGGAACAUGGUCCGGCACAUUUGUCGCACCCGGUUGUUAGUAGUAAUACUCGUAUCCCUGAAAGCCCGUUUGCGAAUGUAGAAAGACGGCCGCGUAAAGGUCGUUCAGAAAAAAAUUUGAGCAGACGAGCUACUGAUACAGUCAUCGACCAUCCGCGUCGCAAGUCACGCGGCUCUAGCGCACAUCUGGAAGUCUCUGAUCGAGCCAAUCAGCACUCCAAGAAUCGUCACAUUGGAGUCUGUCGACGUUUUGCCUCACUCACUUUGGAUCGAUCUUUGUGGCACGUGAUUCAGCUGCAUCGACAUCAGCACUUGACAAACACCGCCCUGGCUUGCAUCGGACGGCUGAGGCCACGUGAAUUGCGUCUCACCUAUUGCCGUGGGGAUAAUAUUGGGGAAGAAGGUCUGCGCUGCCUAUUCCAGGGCUGUGGAACAGGAUUACGCAAGUUGUCUUUCAUCGGUUGUACCAAGGGUCCUUUCGAUCGAGACAUACCCCUAUUGCUAGCAGCCGAUUAUUGUCCGAAUUUGAGUCACGUGAACGCAAGCUACACCCAGGCUGUUCGCGAUCAGACUGUCAUGGCGUUGGCCAAGUCCGCGUUCCAUCUAAUCAGUGUGAAGCUGAAUGGCGCCCAGCAAAUUAGUAAUGCAGCCAUUCAACAGUUAGUACAUUACCACAAAGACACAUUGCAACGGUUGGAGCUAUUCGGCUGUUUUCGUCUGAAUUCCGACAUUUUCAAAUUGCUCGGAAGUUGCCAAGAGCUGCGUGCUCUGGCUUUCGGACACCUCCAUCAUCUCUCGUCAGACGGUUUGUUGGAACUUGUUGGCAAGGGAGAGGUGGGAAUUGCCCAAAUGCUUCGUCGUUUGCCCCGGUUGCGUGUGUUGGAUCUGUGCGGUUUGUCCGCUGUGGGUGAUAUGACCAUGGAGGCGCUGGCUCAGAGUUGUCCACAUCUCGAGGAUUUGGACGUCAGCUGCACAUCAGUAACACAGAAUGGCCUUCUACAUCUGGCUCAAGUACCAGCCACGUGCCUGCGUUGUCUGCGCAUCAGCCAUUGUCGUGAGAUAACCAAAGAUGUCCUGGAGAAGUUGAUCAAAGCAUGUCCAAAGCAAGUCGCUUUCAUGUUCUCCCUGUUCAUUUCUGAUUGA